CAUAGUUUCGCAGUUAAUCCGGCAGCACCAUACAUCGUGGCACACGAUCCAAUCACAGACGUCGGAUCCGCCCACGCUCUUUCCCUCGCCAAGGUACUCAUCGACAAGUGUGUACAUGAACACGAGCGCUGUAGACUGAUUUCACCGCCCUUUGAUGUUCGCCUGCCAACGCGCCUUGUUGAUUGCACCGACCCCGCUUUCCCGCGUCUAGUCUCGACGGAGGGCGAACACGGACAGUACCUCGCGCUCAGCUACGUCUGGGGCGGCGCACAACCGCACAAGACCACCGGCUCCAACGUAUCCAUAUACUCUGCCGGGAUCGAUCCCUCUCUUCUUCUCCAAACUAUCCGAGACGCAAUCUACGUCACACACACUCUUGGGUUCCGGUACCUCUGGGUGGACAGCCUGUGCAUCAUCCAGGACUCUGACGAGGACAAGCUGCACGAGAUCGGGCGGAUGCAUCUCAUCUACCGCCAUGCGUAUCUCACUAUCAUUGCCGCCAGUGCGGAGCGGGCCAGCGAUGGCUUCCUGCAACACCGACCGGCACUACUGUCCCCAGGGCUCACUCUUCCAUUGACUUUCCCCUCAUGCCGUCUCAUGCCCGGAGAUAAAUGUUCACGAAGCAAGCAACCUAUGGCCAGAGGCGAAGUGCACCUUUCCGAGAUUCACUGGUUGAUGAGACGCCGGGUCGGAGAGCCAGUGGACAGGCGGGGUUGGUGUCUGCAAGAGCUUCUCAUGUCCUCGCGCGCACUCAUCUUCACAUCAACGACACUCCAGUUCAGGUGUCAAGAUACCACACUCAAUGUCGGCAACUCUCUUCACCGGAAGGACUGCGAUAUUCGGCUGCCCGAUAUCGUGCUCCACCCAGCCCCGCUGCCUCUACAACCACGCUCGAUGGAAUGGCGCCAUAUACGCACCGGAUGGAACCGCAUCGUACAGGAGUACAGCAGCAGAACCCUUGGCGAGGCGUCGGACAAGCUCGUAGCAUUUGGCGCGCUCGCGGAAGCAUUCCACCGCGUCCUGCGCUGCAACUAUCUCGCGGGACUAUGGAGCGACACACUACUCGAAGAGAUACUCUGGCGUGCUGCUGAUUUGGAGAGAGACGAUAGGUAUGUUGCAGACCGCCCAGCGGAAUAUCGGGCACCGUCAUGGUCGUGGGCCGCCUUCGAUGGGGCAGUCUUCUCUCCAUCGCCAUGGAGCGGUUGGGCGAAAUACGAAGAACCUCUUGCAGAAGUGAUUCAUUGUGGGAUCAUACUCAAAGACCCGGCACUUCCAUUCGGCCAAGUAAUCGGCGGGUCCCUUGUCUUGCGUGCCAGAUUAAUACCCUGCAAACUGGGCAAACCGAAUCCGAUUCACUGGAGCAUCGCAAACGAAGUCAGUAUUAUGUUACCGCGCCCUCCGCGCGAGCAGCACCCGGUCGGAGCUAGCUUACGUUUUACGGUUGAAGAAGACAGCGCCAUAGCAGUGAAUACGAAGCUUUCGGCAACAGCUUACAUUGACUAUCUUUCCGAUCUCUUUCGGCUAGAAAGGGGUUCCGCGUGGCUCAUACCGUGUUGGGUAUGGCCUGACAUUACGCUGCACAAUGUAGAGGGCCUUGUCGUCGCUCUCGAAAAUACGGACUCAGGCUCAGAAACGGAGAACAGAUAUGUCUAUCGCCGCAUUGGUUAUUUUAAAUCAUCGGGCCCGGGCGGUCAUCAUCAUUGGGACGAGCUGAGACGUUACGCGCUGGAGGAGUCGGAAGUCGAGAUUGUUUGA